AUGGACGCGUCCGCCAAGCCCCCGAGCGGGAGGAAGAUGAAGGCUCGAGCUCCCCCUCCUCCUGGAAAAAUGCCACCCCAAAAUGUGCAAAGUGAACAGAAACCUCCCAAAGACAUCUCCCCAAGCCCAAGUCCCAUGCUUUCCAUGCAGGAACAACUACAGAACAGUAUGGUGGACAUCACGGUGGUGCUUCCUAGUGGGCUGGAGAAGAAGAGCUUGGUCAAUGGCAGUUAUGCAAUGAUGGAUCUCCUGGUUGAACUUUGCCUUCAAAAUCACCUCAAUCCAUCACACCAUGCCCUUGAGAUCCGAUCUUCAAAUACCCAACAACCUUUGAGUUUUAAGCCAAAUACUUUAGUGGGGACUCUGGAUGUGCAUACCAUAUUCCUAAGAGAAAAAGUUCCUGAAGAGAAAAGUAAGACUGGUCCAUCUAGAGUCCCUGAGAAAUCCGUGCGUUUGGUAGUGAAUUACCUUCGAACUCAAAAAGCUGUUGUGCGCGUGAGCCCUGAAGUCCCACUCCAGAACAUUCUCCCGGCGAUCUGUGCGAAGUGUGAGGUCAGCCCAGAGCAUGUGAUUCUCCUCAGGGACAAUAUUGAUGGGGAGGAGCUGGAGCUCUCCAAGUCCCUCAAUGAACUUGGCAUCAAGGAACUGUAUGCCUGGGACAACAAGCGAGAAACUUUUAGGAAAUCAUCACUUGCCAAUGAUGAGGCAGAUAAAGAGAAGAAAAAAUUUCUGGGAUUUUUCAAAGUUAAUAAAAGAACCAAUAGUAAGACAGAACAUUUGGGACUUUCAGGAGCGAAUAGUGAAGAGGACGCCACGAAGUCCAUAGCUGGAGGCCUGAAUGGCUGCUUAACAACGCCAAACACUCCAUCCUCAAAAUCGCGUUCCCUCACAACAGGGCCUUCCCUGUCUCUGAGCAACAUUUCAGGAGUGUCUGUGAAGUCAGACAUGAAGAAGCGCCGGGCGCCACCACCACCCUCGCAGCCCAGUCCAGGGCCACCAGUACAAAACAAGGCACCGGAAAAGGUGUCUCUGGGGUCACAGAUUGAUUUACAGAAAAAAAAGAGGCGGGCACCCGCUCCUCCUCCGCCUCCGCUCCAGCCUCCACCACUGAGCCCCCUAAUCCCAAAUCGCAUGGAGGACAAGGAGGAGAAGAGGAAGAGCGCCACAGUGAGCUUGCCCCUGGGGCCUGUGGGUCACUGCAACACAGAUGGGGUCUCGUCAGUGCCAGCAGAGGCCGAGGAGACCGUGUCUGUGGGCAGCUGUUUUGCAUCAGAAGACACAACCGAGGACUCAGGGGUGAUGAGUUCCCCCUCAGACAUCAUCUCUCUCGACUCGCAACAUGACAGCACAAAAUCCAAAGACAAGUGGGCCACAGACCAGGAGGACUGCAGCGACCAGGAACUGGCUGUAACCCCGGAACCGGGUCCCCAGAGGAAUCCUUCAUGGGAAAGAAGUGGCUCAGGAAACUGGCAUUCCAGAAGUGAAAAAGCGACCGUAGCCUCAAAUGAUGAUGGAGAUGAGUUUUUCACCGGACAGUUCCAGAAGGCUCUGGCAGACCUUGACGAGGACCUAGAUGAAAAAAUGGAAAAGACUUAUGAAUCAGAUACCAGUUCUUUAACCAACUCCACAAGUUGUGUGUCCAGUCUCAGCACUCAAGAAGCCAUAACCUCCAAUAGUGAUGCAGACACCAUCCCAGUCACUUUUAUAGGAGAAGUUUUAGACGAUCCUGUGGAUUCAGCGAUGCUCUCCAAUAGAAACAAUAAUGCUGGUUCUUUUGACCUGAGUAGCUCAGCCAGGAGAAUUCCUCGGUCUCCAGACCAGACUGAGCAUAGCCAGCAACCACAGCAAACAAGCAGGAAUAAGGUGGUCGUGUGUAACUCAUCUGUUUCUUCCUAUCAGAUGGGAGUGGAAAUCAAACCACUCUUAUCCAACGCCUCUAAUAAUGUGAAUCAGACUAAACUGGAGCAUACACUAACUACUGCAUCCUCACUCCGCACAUCCAACCUGAACACAAAGGCGCAAGACUGGGAAUCCCCAGACUAUGGGAAGAAACAGGGCCUGGAAAGAGUGGCUUCACACUCAGUACGGGACAAGGACGGUGACAGCAAGAACAAGGCCUCAACACAACUACCGUGGUACCAACGAGAGCAAAAUUCAGGAGGAAGUUAUGGAAUUAAAUAUGGCCUCACAACCUACAAAAUUGUCCCUCCCAAGUCAGACAUGAAGUACUAUGACAGAGGAGUAUCCCUCACCACGGGUGCCAUCAAAAUUGAUGAACUGGGAAACCUGGUGAGUCCCCAUGUCAAUAGAGGAAGGACUGUUGCUCCAGAAUCUCCAACUCUGGAAGAACAAACCCAACCCAUUGAGAAAGUCAAAGAAUUCUGGAAGUCAAACUCUAUAAAAAAGCAGUCAGGUCAAUCUACAGAGAGUAUGGACAAGAGAACCCCUGUGGACAUCCCUGCUGAGGUGGAAAGUAAACCCAGAGCAGAACCCAUCUUCCCAGACCCUCGUGUGGUGGCAAUCCAGCCUAGCCAGCAAGAAAAUGGGAAACACAUGGAGGAUGGUGGAAGCCAAACACCCGUGACAGCCUCUGGCCGCAUGAAAGUCCCAGCACCAAAUGCCACUGAAUUCUCUUUUCUCAAGCCCCAGAGAAGGACAUCCAGUCAGUAUGUGGCCUCUGCUAUUGCCAAGCGUAUAGGGCCACCCAAAGCUCCCGCUCAUAUGGUAAGAAAGCAGAAUGAUGCCUGGAAGACCUGUGAAAGCAGAAUGCCCGAGGUUAUGGGGCAGCCCCCCACUAUCAACAACAAAACAACCUCCAGCCCACCCCUAGAGACACGUGCACAAGAACUUAAAGAUGAUGCAAAGUUACCCAGCAUCCACCUUCCCAGCACCAAUGGGGAAGAAGCGACCAUUCGAAUGAAUCCCAGAGAGGAUGCUUUCAGGGGAUCUUAUGGAAAGUUCUCUACUCAAGACAAUCUCUCUGGUACCCACAGAAGAUCCUUUGUCCCAGCAGGUACAUCUUUACACAGUGGAAAGCACCAUACAAGUAACCCCCAGGUCUUCUCAGCAUCUGAUAUCAAGCACACGCCAGACCAUCAAAAUCCCCCAUCUUCUCACUCCGUUGAAAAUCAGGCUCUUGGAAGAGUCCUGAUGGGCAACUCCAGGCGGAUUCCCAUCUCCAAUGAGCCGCCUCAGUCUCCCACAGCAUCCAGCACUAAUGGCUACGCCAAGUCGGAGACCCUCCAACAGGGGGAAAAACCUGGUGUGUCGUGUACAGACAUAGAUGAAACCGACAGCGCUUUGACAUCAGACAUCUUUGGGCCAAAGAAAAAAUUCAAACCUGUUGUCCAGAAGCCAGUCCCCAGAGAGACUUCACUACACAGUGCCUUGAUGGAAGCCAUCCACUCAGCUGGAGGGAAAGACAGACUCCGAAAGACUACACAGCACACCUCAGAGAGAAAGCCAAAGAAACCAUCCUACAUAGAGUCAGAGAGUGAGCGUUCAGCACUGAUGGCAGCCAUCCGAGGUCAUGGGGGCACCUGCAGCUUACGCAAGGUGUCAUCCUUUGCCUCUGAGGAGCUCCGGAGCUUCCGUGAUGCCUCGCAGUCCACGGCAGGAGCAGAAUCUCCUAGCCGGGAAGAUGCUGGUGUUCACAUCCCGCCUCCUCCACCACCUUUGCUCCCUCCAGCCCCCCAGCUUCCCUCAGGCCCCUUCAACGACCCAGCAGAUGCCAGGCAGGCCUUAAUGGAUGCCAUCCGCUCGGGCACAGGAGCUGCGCGAUUGAGAAAGGUGCCUUUGCUGGUUUGAAUCAUCCAGAAGAUCAGAUAUGGCAGAAACCCACCAUCACUACUCAAGGAUAUACUGUAUACAAGAGUCCUCAGAAUUUGGUGCGCUUUCUUGUCUAUGGGCCAAAACUCGAAAUGUUGAUUCUCAGUCUGUGUAAUAAUUUCAAAGUGGGGACGUUUAUGCUGCCCCACUUACAGUUUGUGUGCCAAGUAAAUGCAUUUUGCCUCUGAAUAUUUUAAGUUGCCAAUAACCAAUUCUUGUUGGCAGGUUAAUAGGAAUAGAAAUGCUGGUGCCCAACACUACUCCUUAAUUCCAUUGAUGGGAAAUGUGGGUAAAGU